AUGGAUGCUUUUAAUUUCGAUAACGUGAAGGUCGAGAAGGCGAACGCGAUGCUAAGAUUUCAUCGCCUCCAAAAAGUCGCCAAACUGUUUCGACUCCUCGAGCUCUGCCUCGUUCUCGUUCUCAUAUCCUGGACCUCCACUCGCCUGCCGUUCGCAGUCAAAAUAUCCGGCGAAUACUUCCGGCAACUCCUCGCUAUCAUCGUUAGCCCUAUCUUCAUCUUCGUCCUCAGCAACGUGAUCGUCGUCACCCUCUUCGCAAAGUCCGGCCAGACGCCGACCGCCGUCGACAAUGCCGAAACAGAUCUCUGUGAAGAACUCAUCAGAAACAGCGACAAUCAAUUCGAUUUCCGGUCCAAAAUUUAUACUCCGGUGCCGGAACCGGAGGAGAUCGUGUUUGUGGAUAAACAGAUCAUAUGCGAAGUAAACACAGUUACUUCAAACAACGAAUCUACAAUGGUGGCCAAUCCAGUUAUGGAAUCGAAAACUUUUAGGAGGACUAGGUCGGAUAAUUUGAAGAGAGAGAUCAGUUCGGAGAAUAGUCACGAGAAACUCCGGCGAUCGGAGACUGAUAAGUUCCCCAACGACAUGUAUUCCGGCGAGUUUCUACCGGAAAAGCCGUGCUUGUUCGAGAAACUGAGCAACGAGGAGUUUCAGCGCAGGAUAGAAGCCUUCAUUGCUAAGCAAGUCAAGUUCCAUCAAGAAGAGAAGAUGAUAAUUGUACCUCAAAAUUACUCUUAA